UUUAGAAAUUACUCGAAUAUAUCUAAAAGACUCAAAUCUCAUAUAAAUUAAAAAAAAAAUUCAAGCUUCGACCUAUCUCGUCUUGAGUCUUCGGGGUCUAGCACAAUUAGUGCAUAGUGCAACGAGGGGGGUAAGUGAAAUAUUGGAAACGAUCUAGAAUGUAUAGACUCACGACAGCCGCAGGUUGAAGUAUAAGUAUUUUACCUAUUUGGUUGGCAUGAGUUAGUGACAUAAUUAAAAGUAAAGCUAUGCUCCCGUGGGAGUAAAAUGGAGUUUAGCUCCCGCUGGACUUGCGUGAAAUAGCACGCUUGGUGCGCAAGUGUGAUGAAAUAGCAAUUUUUGCGACGAAGCUAGCAAUCACAGUUUGAAAUCCUGGUAACGGCGUGUAUGUACAUCUGACUCUUAUUAAUUCUGAUAGUUUUGCCGAGUAUACUGGAAUUGACUCGAGCGGUUGUCCACAGAGCCGGCAACCAUGACGGAGGCGCGCAGGCCCGGCGUGAUCCGGAGUACGCAGGAGUUCAUCGAGGCGUCGCCGGCCACUUCGCCCAUAUCUACUCUGUCCGGAGAUGACGACUCUCCCACCGCUUCUAAUAACAGGGAAAACCCGCGAGAGAUCCGCAACAGGGCUGAGAAGCAGCGCCGUGACAAACUCAACCAGAGCAUCUACGAGCUCGCCUCGAUGGUGCCGCCCGUAGUGGCCUCAAGCCGCAAGAUUGACAAGACCGGCGUGCUGCGCCUCACUGCGCACUUCCUGAGAUCACAUCAGUACGUAUUCGGUGAGACGAUUGGUCGUGAACCCACCGAGAUCAACAGCACAUCUGCUCAAGCGCUGUUGCAGUUUUUCAACGGAUUCUUACUGACUACCACGUACAAGGGAAUCGUAGUAGUGGUCUCCCAGAAUGUGCAGCAAUAUCUUGGAUAUACUGAGUUGGAACUCCUCGGCCAGAACUUAUUCACCAUUACUCACAAGGACGACCACAAGACACUUCUGUACCAAUUAAAGCCCAGGAGCCAAAUCUUGGGUCCCAACGGAGAACUUCUGAUCCCUGAUCGGCCAGACGGGAAGUCACUGGUGGCUAAAGCACUGGCUGACGAGAAAAGGCGAUUCGUUGUAAGGUUUAAGAAGCACACGCAGCGUUCAGAGCCAACUCAGUACGUCGCGUGCGUGGUGGAGGGCUCCUUGCGCAAGUCGGACGGUGCCUGCCGCGGGAACAACCGCUGCUGCCAGAUGGUGCGCCGCGCGCGCGCUAGGGGCGACAACCCGUGCUCCAGCGGCAAUGACGUCGUAUUCAUCGGCAUCGUGCGUCCUACAGUGGAGACGUUCAAGAAGGAGCAGCAACUGGAGCUGUUCCGUAUGGAGUACCGCACUCGUCACUCCAUCGACGGGCAGAUCAUACAGUGCGAGCAACGCAUCGGCCUGGUGACCGGGUACAUGACGGACGAGGUCCAGGGCGUCAAUGCUAUGAACUUCAUGCACCGUGAUGACGUGCGCUGGGUCAUCAUAGCUCUGCGGGAAAUGUACGACCAGCACCGCCUCUACGGCGAGUCGUGUUACCGUCUCAUGAUGAAGAACGGCCAGUUCAUCUACAUGAGAACCAGGGGCGCUCUUGAGGUGGAGACCGGCACCAAGGCGGUGACCAGCUUUGUAUGCACGAACACCAUGAUGAACCCGGACGAGGGUCAGCACCUCAUCAAGAUGAUGAAGAAGAAGUUCACCAUGCUUGUCAACAACAACCAGGAGCCGCCGCAGGAGCCUGAGGUCACUGAUACCAACGACGAUUCAAUACCGGUUGAAGAUCCGAAACAGCUCGAGAAAGUGAUCCUCCAUCUGGUGACCAACUUGCCUUCGCCCCAGCCCGACGAGAAGGACCACAGCUUGUCACCCGAGAGAGACGGCCCCCACGUACAUUUGGCCAUAAUACCCCCCCGCAAAGAGCGUAUUGUAAUGGGUAUAGAGAAAAUAUAUACCGUCAUUAAAAAUUUCAACAAUCCCUACAUCGACGAACAUGUUGACGUUAAGCGUAUUAGAGGUUCUAGUGUAGAGGCAACCACGCCUUCUCAUAACACUUCCCAUUUUGAGGAUGCACCUCCAGAAAACACCAAGACGCUUCCUACAAUAGCGACUAUCACCAAUAAACAUUAUCGCAUACAUACAAACUUGGAGGACUUUGGAGAAAUAUUUCAGAACCUUAAGCCUGCUCUACCAAAUAUAGAUGAAACUUGUGAAGUAAAAACACCAGCCUCCUUCGCUGAGUAUAUAGCUAAACAACCUAACAAACAGACUAAAUUUAAUUUCACGAAAACUGAAAAAGCAUGCGAAAGUGUAAUCCUGGAAGAGCCCGGUUCUAGUUUUAGCGUCAUUGGAACGAAGCGCUCUAUAGAUGUAUCAGCUGAAGACGAUUAUUCGAAAAAGAAGUCUGCUCAAAACGAAUCUGAGGAAGCAGUAAACGGGCGCAGCUCUCCAACUUUAGAGAGUUUCUUCAAUGACGCCAUUCUAAACACACAGAUUUCCCAGCUUGAUGAUGCCCUUAUAUCUUUGGAAGAUACAAUAGAUCCAUUCCCAGAUCUUUUGAUAUCCCAGGACGUUCAAGAUAUAUUGGGUGGCUUAGACCCGGACGAGCAGCCGGAGCCAAAUUAAAAAUAAAUGGUUCAGCAAAGCUGCGACAACAACCGGAUCUCCUGUAAAUAUGACGCCCGUUACACGUGAAAUCAUAUUUUCCGUGAAAGGUAAUGCAAAAUUUAUAAAUUUUGACUCUAGAGAAAGCCAUUAAGGUAAUAUCUACAUUAUGUAGUUCGCUGCCACGCACUCGAUAUUCGUUGUACUAAGUAUUGUACAUGUAAAAUAUGAUAAACCUUCAUAUUUAAGGGGCGUCCAUUAAUGACGCGAGGGCUUCAGAGGGACCGAAUUUCACUAAAUCUCACGUGGGGGAGAGGAGGGGCUUAAGCAAAUAUCACAUAAUACAUUUCAGGCAACAAAAAAAUUUUCAGAGAAUCGGUUUAAUUUAAAGUAAAACAUGUUUUAGACUGGAUAAAAUUUGCUAAUAUUUGACACUAUUCUUCUAUACAAUUGAAUCCAUGAAUAAAUUUAUAUAUCAAUACGAUUAUUUAGUAUUGAUAUAUUAAGGAUUCAAUCCCCGUCGUUUUUACGACUCGUGAUAAAAAUAAUAACGCAAAUUGUGUUUUGAUUCAUAAAUCAAACACAUUUACAGUAUCUCAUGUCAGAUUAGGGGGGAGCGAGGGGGACGAGAUAAAUCUUACAUCUCACCAUGUUUUCAAAAAUCCUCAAAACCCCUCGCGUAAUUAAUGGACCCCUAAUAAUAGUUGUGCAAUUUAAAUACCUAAAUAAUGUUUUAUACUGCAAUAAUAUUCUGAUCAAAAGCAUGGGAUCUUUUCUCAGAUAUAUUCUGUAUCUUAUACAUAAAGUACCGGGACCCUUGUAAAGACCUGAGGUUUUAUAAAUUAAUACCUACCUGCGAUUACAUAGCUUCUGAGUUUUGUAACAUACUUUUUGGUUAGUUUAGUAUAUUCGUAACUAUGCUCUGUUAAGAUUUAACAUACUUAUUUUAGUGGAAGGCGGGCAGUAUGCCAUUUUUGGGUGUUUAAUGUACAGUUUGCUACAGGAAAAAGUAACCUCCCUCUAACAGUUUCUAAAAAAAGUAUACAUUUCUCAGUUACUGGCCGUACUUACAUUCCAUGAGUGAAUUAUAUUUUACAGCGAAUGUGCUGCACAAGGACCAUUCCACGGAAAUGUCCCGUAUUAACAAGAUUUUUCUGGAAACUGUAGGUGAACGAAUUGUAUCAAUGACAAGAAACUUAAACGAGGUCAGAAAAACGAUCACUGACUAUAGCGGAGACACAUACAUUGACAGCCCCGUGGAAUCCUACAGACACGAUAAAUCGAACUAAAAAUCACUCUUUAAUAAACAUGUAAAUACUUACACACAUUUUACGUUUCUUGUUUAUUUAGGAAUGGCCUAAAAAUUACGGAUAAACACAACUAAGCAUUGCGACAUAUAUAAUAUAUAAUGUAUAUGCUUUAUAUAUAAGUAACUAUAAGUGGGCUUUUUGAGCUUUGUAUAAAUUAUGUGCUUUUAUGCGAAUUCUUUCUGCAAAAGCUAGAAAAUAUUCUAAGCGAAUUGGUGUAUUUGUUUUACGUAGUUUUAAGUCAAAGAUCUCUAGAAUUUAAACUAUGAUCUUCUUCGUUGUGUUUAUUGAGUAAGAUCAGUAUGUUUAUUCGAUGAGGUUGUAUAUACGAUUUAUAUUAUGUUCAAUUCGAAUAGUAAAUUUUAGUAGUUAGUAUAAGUGUAGAUAAUUUCAAGAGUAGGUAGUUAGGUGGUCUCGUGAGCCCCAGUUGCUUGGGUAGAAACAAAUAUUAUAUUAACGUAGACAUCUAUGUUCUGGAAGAGUGAAUUUAUUUUUGAAGGCACCUACUUGUAAAAAUAUAGUGAAUUGUUUAUUGUUGUGAUGCGCAUGGCUAUACAAGUUAUUCCAUUGUCUUAUCUGUUCUAUUUACAUCAUAAAUUUUUAGAAGUUAUUCGUAAAGAAAAAUUGAAUUUUUUGUAACUUAAGCGAGUGUUUCCGAGAGAGUUUGAGGAAGAUAACAAUAGUGUUUAGUUUAUAUGUGUAAAUAUCUGCUUCUUCAUUAAAUAUAUCUGUAAACUUUAUGCCGAAGUAAUAUUUUAAAUGGGGAGUUAAAUGUAUUUACCUCCUUUCAGAAACCAAGUAAUGAGUGGAGCUUGGAUAUUGAAUAUACGGCACCCUCAUGAUAUCAAACUCUUUGGAAGGACGUAAACCUGACGAGGCGGUGUAAUACAAAGAAACAAUAACUGAAUGUGUAUAAUAUAAGUACGUAGUGGAAGUGUAAGUAGUCUAGGUGUAGAUAAUGUAUGGAACUCAUAUUUUCUACUGAACUUAUGUAUAGAUAUGUAAGUAUGAAUUUGAAUGUCAAAGAGUAUAUUUUUAAUCUAAACGAUAGGUAGUUUUUGAUAGCGAAUGUGUAGUAGCAACGUAGUUCCGUAGAAUCCGUUAGUAGUAUAACUUUGUGAACGGGUAUACUUUGCCAUAAGGCUAGCACUAGGUAUUUCGGCAAGCUAUGAGUGAACUUUGUACAUAGAUAUAUAGGAUAUGGACGACUGUAUCAUGACACAUAUAUUAAAUAUACCGAGGUAAAGUACUUGUUAUUAUAAUUGUAAUCGUAGCUUAACGUAUGUUUCUGUUAAAUUUUCGCGUAGUAUGGAUCCUCAUUCCAUUUUUUUGGCAUGUACACAGCAACUUUAUAAUUUUGUGUAGGUAUCUUCUGGAUUUUGAUGAAUGAGUUCAUAGUCAUGAAAGAAAGUGCUGUUUAUGUUAUUUCAUUACUUUUGCUUACUUAUAUGAAAAUGUAAAACAUUUAUUUUCCUUGCAUUGUGGUGUAAAUCAAAUUCUCAAUACCAGUGCUACCUAAUACCACUCGUACGCUGUGCAUUGCGUUUUUCCCUAUGGAUCUUGCAAAAUAGCAUGUACUCCGCGCAAGUUGAGGCCCGGGCCACAUACGCAAACAGCAUGCUCCAUGCACUCGCCCGUACCUUUAUCAUGCAUACUCGUAUAACUGGCGCAAGUUACUUGCACAAACAGUACGCGCACGCUGUUUGUAUUCACCCCCACUUUUACUUCAGCCACGCUAAUGACGUGGAUUAUUUGCGGGGGUAGCUCGCAUUACUCAAUGCUUUACAUAGUUUAUAUUAUUAUUUUACCUUUGUUAAUAAAAUAACCUAUAUACUUAUUACUUGAGCGGGUUACAUGCGCUAUGCGCAAAUGUAGAUUUUUAACCAUAAUCAAGGAAUGAAAAGCACCCAUUGCUGAUGAGAUAUUUUAAUAGCUCGAGUCAGAAGUGGUGCCUUUCACCCAAAUUAAACUCUACUGUUCGUUCUGAAUACGACGAAAGCAAAAUACUAUGUGUCGUACUUGAGAGUACUUUCAAUUAACAAUUUAGGUUUAGGAACGUUAUUUAUGGAAUCGCAAGUUAAAUAUCAGAAUGAAAAUUACACAACAAAUCCAUUUAGAACCGAAUUUUCUUUGCCUGUCGUUAGAAAUUAUAUAAACUAACUUGGAGAGUAAAACGUCCAUUUUCAAGCCGCUUCAUAGAUCCACUUUUGGAGCAUGAGAAAACUUUUGACCUUUUAUUAUUUGUACAUCUGGAAUGACGUCAGUUUCAACUUGGUCUUUCAUAGGUACGUAAUAAUAAUAUCAAAGCUUUUUACUCAAUAAAGAAACGAAAUGAAUUCAUGGCCGAAAAAGGGAGCUUUAAAGUUGCGCCAAAACAAGUAAGCUUCCACUCAGGACUGUGUUCAAAUAAAGCAACGAAAUUAUUUUAGAAAGUAUAAAUAACGUGCGAGUCUUAUCCAACUUAAAAAAAGUAAGUAAGGUAGGAUAAGAUUAUCACCGGGGCAAUAUAAACACUUGUAUAGAAUCCUCAUACUUUUGUCUUGCUCCGACCACAAAAACUAUGUUCAUCUUAUCCCAUCUUACCUUAAUACUUUUUAUUUACACAAGCAUGUAGGUAAUACGAAUCUGGUGGGUAAAGGUGAAGUGUAGCUGAACGUAGGUAGGUUACUAUUUAGUAUGUCCAUGAUCUCAAACCUUCCAGUGUACAACUAAUCAUUUAUUUUAUUAGAUGGGGAACAUUUUUAAAUGCCAUAUUAUGAAGUAGAGUCAUGUGAGGCAAGCGUGCCCACAUUUUGUUUCAAACUAGUAUUCAAAUUAAACAAUUAGUAUGGAAGGGAAAUGAAUAUAUGUAUCAGGUAAAGCAUUUAUUAAGGUAAUAAAUAAAUCAAGAAAUAACCAAUAAAAUCUUGACACUCCGGAGAAAAAUCACUCUAAUUCAAUCAGCUCAAAAUGCGCACACUUACCCCCAUACUGCGGGUAAGUGUGCGCAGCUAAAUUAUAUUUAUAGAUUUUUUAUUAUUGUAAGCAGUCUAAUUUUGAUAACAUUUAACGAACUUUAUUGCGACAUAACAUAGCUUCAAAUGUUAUACUGAAUAAAAGGCUUAAAAACAUUACAUUAGGAAAAAAAAAAUUACUUGUGACAACUUUUAUCUUGAUGACAAAUUUUACCUUAACAGCACCAAAUUUUAAAUAUUCUUUUUUUUUGAGUAAGCGAAUGAUUUCAUCUGGAUUUUUUGCAUAAACUAAUUCUUCACCAACAUAUUUUUAAUUUUUUUACACAUAUCACAAACUUCCCUCUCUCUAUUAGUAAAUAAAGGGGUUGCGCACACUGCCCGCUACGCACAGUUACCCCACAUGACUCUACAUAGACUUUCAUGACAUAAGAUCCUAUACGUAUACGAACUUUACCUUUAUAGGUGCAUAUUUAUUAUAACCGUUAUUAGGAAAUAGAAACAGUAAACUCACAGCAAAUUUUAAAAUAAGAUCAGAUCUAACAGUGUGAUAGAGAAGGUAUGCUACUUAAAUAUAAAUAAGUAUGUAACUUCAAGUUAACUGUUGGCUGGGUUGGUAAGCGUUAGUGGCCUAGCGGUAAGAGCAUGCGCUUUCAGUCCAGCGGUCGCAGUCGGUGAAGGAAAACGUCGUGAGGAAACCAGACUAAUCCUAAUAAGGUCUAGUUACUCGGGGUUGGAAGGUCAGAAGGCAGGAGCUUUCGUAAAAACUAGUGCCUAUGUGAAUUUUUGGGAUUAGUUGCCAAGCUGACCCCAGGCUAUAAUGAUCCGUGGCAAAAAGCCGGGAUAACGCGACGAAGAUGAUGAUGUAACUUCAAGUUUAAAAAAGAUAGAUAACGCGAUAACCUCGUGAAAUAAUCGCCAGUAGUUAUCAGUUUAUUUUUUCUUAUUCUGUAUACAAAUUUAAUACUGCACCUGAAAAUCACGACAAAUCAGCCGCGGGUAAAAUUCUAACAGUGACGUGGAAUUUUUAAAUACUGCAUGUUGGAUGCAACGCCAUAACAGGUGGAGUGAUGCAAACAAAGCUAGUAGAGAUAUUUAGAGAGCUAUUUAACCACUCAUUUUCUGUAAUUUGAUAAAAAUAUGAUUUUUAGUCAUAAUAACAAUGUUCAAUAGGAGCACCAAUGCGAACUAAGGUACUACAGCGUUUUUAACCUAUUCGUCUCCAUUGACUCGAUAUAAAGUCAGUACAUUUCGUGCCCAACACCCCACGACUUGAUAUGUUAUACGGAUUGUUUACUUGCAAUUUGUACCUUGUCGUUGAUGACAUUUAAUUGCCACAUUUACAUGGUGGUGAAAAGGUUAAUAACACUACAUUCAAAUUUUCCCCAUCUAUCUUAAAAUAUAAAACUUAGUAAUAGGUAUAGGGUAUUUACGCAUAUAAGGGUUUCUUCAUUUAUAAUGUUUUUUUUAUCUAUGUAAUGUAGGUAUCGUCAGCAGCAAUUAUAGCAUAUUCUCUAAUGAUUUUUACACAGCAAUUGAAGUACAGCAGAUACUUUUGAACUCGAACUGAAGAGAUACUUACAUCUCUACCUAUAUGUUAAAGUAUUAGGGCCUACGCUAGCUGGCGCGGGUGCACGGAGCGGACGAGCGGGUUAACGAAAAAUAGUAUGAGCGAGUUGAGCGACGCUAACUGAACUGCGGCGGAUUUCACCUACAAAUAGCACCCGCGUGCGUGCGCACGCGUCGGGCGUCCGCGUCAGCUAGCGUAGGCCCUUAUAAGGUGACAGUUGGCGCGUUGUUUUAUCUGCUACUACAGGGUGCUUAGCCGACGUGCCAAUCGUUAGCGCUCCGUAACUUAGCGUAGUCAUCUAUCUAUCACUCUCCCAUGUUAGUGCGACAGUGACAGUUGCGUGUCGUUCGCUACGGAACGGGACGGAACGUUAAAACGAAAGGGGACGACCGCCUCGAAACCGGUUUUCCAUACAAGCGUAUUCCCCAUUUUCCUCUUUGCUAUACGCAAAAUAUUUUUACACAAUUUGAUGUAUUUUAAUCAUAGCUAUUCCCGGCCGUAUGAUUUUUUUCGAUUUUAUAAUGAUUAUAAGAGUGAAGAACAAAAAACAGGUUUUUACACAUUCUUAAACGCUCCUAAAGUAAAAAUCGAAAAAAAUGAACAGUCGGGCAUAGCUAUGAUUGUAUUGGAUAAUGUCAAUAUCCAGGGAGGAAAAUGAGGGCUACGUUUGUAUGGAGAAUCGAUCGUCCCCUAUCUUCUUAACGAUUGGCAUGUAGGCUACACACCCUGAAGUUAACAGUAUAUUAUAAAUCAAAUACUUAGGUAUGGUAAUAUAACCUAAUAAUAAACGUUUCAAAUAUUCGUAUGAGUCAAUUUACUUGCGAAUACGUUUAUCAAUUGCCUAACGAUGUAAUUUAUAAUUAUAAUUCAGCGUUGUACCACUUGCGCAUAUAAAUUAGGUUGGUAUGCAUUAGGUACAGGCAGAGUUAUCACGUUCUCGAGAACGUUCUCCUUUUACUAUGUAGAAUAUUCUCGAACGAGAACGCUCUCCAUAUAAAACAGAGAACGUUCUCGAUAACGGCACAAAUAUAGGCACAGGUUUAUGAUUAGUUUUGCAAUUUAUUUUGAUUGAGUAGAGAACUACGACAUUUGUAUACUUACCAUACAGGUAACUCGAAAAGUAAAGUUGUAUUUAGUUAGGUGUUAAUAUUGAGAAAAUUAAUUCUGAACAAUUAUUUUUGUGCGCACUUUUUCAUCAUCCAUUUUGCCAUUAGUGUAAGUGGUUAACUUAUAAAAACAAUAGAUUAAGGAUGUCAUAUUGUUUUGAACUGGUUUUCUAUAAAUAGGUGUUUUAAUAAAUAGAGCGCUGGUGGCCUAGCGGUAAGAGCGUGCGACUUGCAAUCCAGAAGUUGCGGGUUCAAACCCGGCUCGUAUCAAUGAGUUUUUCGGAACUUACGUACGAAAUAUCAUUUGAUAUUUACCAGUCGCUUUUCGGUGAAGGAAAACAUCGUGAGGAAACCGGACUAAUCCCAACCAGGCCUAGUUUACCCUCUGGGUUGGAAGGUCAGAUGGCAGUCGCUUCCGUAAAAACUAGUGCCUACGCCAAAACUUGGGAUUAGUUGUCAAGCGGACCCCAGGCUCCCAUGAGCCGUGGCAAAUGCCGGGACAACGCGAGGAAGAAAAAAAAAGGUGUUGUAAUAAAUGUUUAUUGACAUGUCAAUUUUCCACUUCUAUACACCCAGUCCGAGCAAGAAGUUUGACAAAAGUGCCAUCUAGUUUUAAAACCUUUCUCUAAAUACAUAGGCUUACCUCUUUUAUACAGUAAAUGAACAUGCAGUACGAAUACAAGGGUUGUGUACUAUUCCACACAUUAAUUAAAUCUCUAUUUACAUGGUGCCAUUGUGUUGAUGAGUUGUACCAAAACUAUUCAGAAAAAUAUGCUAUAAAUACUACCUUACUGUUUUUUCCACCGAUACUACCCCAAAUUCAUAAGAGCAGAAAAUAAGUUCGUUCGGAUCACUUUAAAGAUUAUUUGGUAAUGUUUUUUGACUGCCCUUUUUUGUAGGGACUUGAACUUUAUGUCGUUUGCCAUAUUGACGGGUAUAAUUCCGAAUGGGUAGUCAGGCCGAGUCCGGCGGCUUAUUAAAAGCAUUUUUUUUAAUAGAAACCGCUAAUCUUAGGGGUUGCAAAUUCGCCCAAAAACUGGUUGUGCCUAAAAUAAGAAGAUGAGAUUAAGAAUCUGUGCUUUCUUAUUUCUGGCUGCGUACAGGAGUCGGACAGACUUCCCAAACGGAACUAUACAAGCAUAAUAAAUAAGUAGUUACGUUCUACAAGGGAAUUCGGGAGAGAUGAGCAAGACCAACGAGUUAAUGGAUCGGACGAUCCUUCAUAGGACUUAGGUUACACAACCACCCUUUUUUGCUUUAAGUUUAUUACAAAGAUAAGUUUAAUUCUAAAUUAAUAAAGAUAAAACCUCUUUAAUUCAUAUGACAAUCUUUAAAAUGAAAGUAAAUUGUCAAACGAUAUUUCAAAAGUAACCAGACCAAUUACUAUAUAACCAUGCGUGCCGUGAAACAUUUAAAACAUUUUGUUUUCAACACGCAUUUAACAGAUUUGCUAUACCGGAGUGAUCUCAUACUGCUUUGUAAACAAAAAUUUGUACGGAGCACUAAAUAAUAAACGUUAAUGUCACUGACACUGGAACGAAUUAGUAGCUUAUAAUUUACUGAAUCUGUAGGGUUGAUUCUGCUCACGUCUCCUGAAUCACCUGUAUAUUAUGUUGACAUUAAUGUUUUGGAUCUAUAUUAAAACGGUGCCAAAUACUUCAUGCACGUCAGACGGUAAAAUAUAGUCAUAGAGAUAAAAAAAUAUAUACUAACAAUGCACUAAGCAUUGUUGCUAAUGCGUUACAAUUAUUAUAAUAUAUACCUAAAAAUAAUACGCAAUGGUUUUAUAUUUAUCCGAAUGUACAUUUUUACAAUACCGAAUGUAUGGUAGAACGGAAAACGUUUGGUAUCAGUCCAAUCACAGAUUUACUUUAGUAGAUGACGUGCAUGAAAAAUAAAAUAUGCAUAUCGUGAGACUGAGUAUUUUAGUGUUUUAUAAGUUUAGCAGCUAGAAUUCCCUCUGGGGCUGUUAUUUAAUCCUUGAAAAUUAUUAUUAAAAUUAAGUAAUUAAAGACUUUUACAUUUUAUACUCUCUAGGUGAGGCCGUAACUAAAGUUAUUCUUUAGGUACUAGUAAGUCUUGAAUGAGUUUUUUUAUGUAGAUACCUAAAUGUAUAGGUUGAUUCACGUUACAAUUCUUUCACAUUUUGCCAAUUUCAUAAGAUAUAGCCUAAUAUAAAUCCUAAAAUUGCCGGUAGUCCAAGUGAAACACAUCGCAGAUUAUGUUUUUAUGUUGUGUCUAUUCCGUGAUUUUGAAGCGUCGCACCAUUUUCUUGAUUGCACUCGGACGCGGUAAGGUCAAGCCGAUGUGAAAUAAUUAUACCCACUGAAAUAAGUACCACAACACUCGUGCCGGCAUGGUUUUGAGUUGUCUUAAAGUUACGUGAGUCUUCCUCAACCCUUUAGUUAUGUAGUUUUAUAUUUUUUACUGAAUAAAUGUAGAAAAAAGUAUGUAUCUCUGUAAACAACAUGUAUUUAUGGACUGCAAA